CCAUGGCAAUUCAGCGAACAGCAAUGCAAUUAACAGCUAAUUCCGCUCGCAAACGCGCUCGACUCCUACACUCGAUUAUCCCCGUCAGUACCUCCUAUACCUACAACACACACACACACACACAUGCUUACACAGCGGCUACUGCGACCUCGACUCGUGCCCUUUACGCGCGGAUAAAGGCCGCCGCUCAGGAUUUUGAUUAGCGCUCGGACGCUCAGAGCUGCAGAGAAGGGGGGAACAGAUUAGUUCCUUUGAUCAGGCGCCGCGCUGGUCGAGCGGGAAGACAACGCGACGAACGUCGGCGGCUCUUUCUUUUUUUAUCUACCCUUAUAUAACGCUCGUCGAGUCUGUGAUGUGGCUGUAAUUUUCGUGUUGAGACCGACGUCAAUCGUUUUUUUUUCUUUUCAUACCGAGGGGAGAUUCCACUCGCUUCGCUUUUUUAGUCGGUUGUCGCGUGUUUUCGAAGCUCCGUGAUUGUCCGCGAGGGCUUCUCUGCGAUUGCGUGGCUUUCCCGGAAUACCAAUCCAUUAUGUAGUGCUUUUUGGAGACGCUUUUAUACGGCGUGUCUUUUAUAGCCGCGUCUGACUAAUCGCGGAUUUAUCCACUGGUGAGGCACUACGAACGCUGCGAUGGAAUAUCAGAAAGUAGCGGAUAACGCGAAGAUACGCGAUAGUGAGAUAGUGAAAUUUUUUAACGAAUCAAAAUAAACAAUGGAGAGGCCUCACGAUUCGAAUCAAAACGACGUUAUGAUUGAGAUACAGCUAUCGAUGGCGUCGACGAUUCAUUCUUCUGCGCGAGAACUUCCUCCUUUAUUAGCGUUUUUUGUCAGCCGUCGCUAAACUCAAUAAAAUCAGACUGCGAUAUAUUGCGGUUCGGAAAAAGCAAUCUUUUCUCGUGGUAAAUUAAUGAUAAAGUUUAUAGCGAAAUAAUUUACCGAAUUGAUCGACCAAAAUGUAAUGCGAAAAUAAAACUCCAGGUGUGUCGUCCGAAACAAUAAAUUCAUCGAUAAUCCCUGCAGCGCUCGAAUCUGGCAAGAGAUAACAAGCCCGCGCGCGCGCGCGCGCAUUGGCAUAAUUAAUCACGAUAAAGGCGAUUAAAACGUGAUUUUUAUUCGAGGCGAAUUUCUGCUAUCAUCCCCGCUCUUAAUCCCCGUCCAUAUCGUGCAUCGGGUGCAGCAUUGAUUUGAAAUCGAUUAAUCGGGAGUAUAAAUAGUCGUAGAUUCCGGUUUGACGGCAUUAUUUACUCACAAGUUGUGUGGGUAGAUAAAUUAAUUCGAAUUUCCAUCGACAAUGAAGUGGCUCGUCGGCGCGAUCCUUUUCUGCUUCGCUCUGACAGCUCAUGCUGCACCGAGGAUAGUCGGAGGCUCGGACGCACCGGACGGCAAGUACCCGUACCAGGUGUCACUGAGAGCACCGUCCUCGCACCUCUGCGGCGGAUCGAUUCUGAACAAGCGAUGGAUCCUCACUGCCGCUCACUGCGCACUGAACCGCAAGCACGAUUCGUUGACUGUGGUGGUGGGUACCAACCUUCUGAACGGUGGCAAGGGACAGUCCUACAAAUCGGAGUACAUCGCCUGGCACAAGGACUUCGGCAUGCUGGGAUUGAGCCACGACAAGGUUCAGCCCAUCAGUCUGCCCCUCGAGGAUUUCACCAAGGUUGACUACCCUGUCGUCCUCACCGGAUGGGGAACCACCAGACUCGGAGGAAACGUCCCGAACAAGCUCCAGGAGAUCGCUCUGAAGGUCAUCAGUCAGACCAAGUGCAAAUCGGAGCUGAACUUCCCGAUCAGCGAGUCGCACACCCUGACCAAGUCCGGAGAAGGCGCGUGCCACGGUGACUCUGGCGGCCCACUGGUAGCCGAUGGAAUCCAAAUCGGUAUCGUCUCCUUCGGCCGGCCCUGUGCCGUUGGCAAACCGGAUGUCUUCACUCGCGUAUUCACUUUCCUGGGCUGGAUCGAAGAACAGAUGGCCAAGUUCUGAAUGUGACAUGUGCGGGAAAUAAUCGAUUUUUUUUUUUUUUAUCAAUACCCUUUGCCCGAUAUCGAUGUAAAUAAAUUCUUCGAAUAAGCAUCGGCUCGAUACACAUCUGCGUUAUGAAAACGAUUCCGCAGUAUUCCUCGAGCCUUAGACAAUAAGUUUAACGAAGAGAAAUUGAUAAAUAGAUGGAUAAAAAAUAUAAAAUCAUGUCAAAUUAGUAACACAUAUACUUAUGCUGCGUAUAAUUAAUGCCACGAGAGCAUCUUUAAUAAUAAUGUAUCUGCUUUGUUUAAUCUUGUUUUGCAACAUCGACGCUAUACACGCCGAGAAUGAGAGAACUGCGUGGCUAGAUACCUUACGGUACAAAAUGAAGUAUUCAACAACAUAGCACAAUUAUCACAACAAACGAUACCGACUACCGACUAUCAAGCAGUCGACCUCGUUCCAAGUUCUUACUCAUCAUCCCCGUGGACAACACCAUCGAGACGUUCUAUGAAAUCUUGAAAAUCGCCUGGACACAAAAGUACCUAGACUGUUCCAUAAUCCGAUUCUCCGAGGACUCCAAUGCCACGAUCUUGCACUACGAUCCUUUCAACGGCGUAUUUCACCAAAAAAAUCUUACGGACCAUCGUACUAAGCUUUUCCCCGACAAGUUGAGAAAUCUUAACGGUUAUCCUUUGAAAGUCCCUGCUUUCGACAUACCUACUCUGAUGAACAUAUCGCAUGACUCGAAGACCGGAGAGAGCCUCGUCCACGAUGUUCUCGACUACCCUUUACUGCAAAAGGCCGCGAUCGCUUUGAACUUCUCCAUAAAGUACGUCGAGAUUCUGCUCAGUGAAAACAUCACCCUUUUGAGAGCUCAAGAGGCAACGAAACUCGCGUUACAAGAGAACCACUUGAACGUCAACCUGCUGCUUUACGCCUUCACGUUCCACGAUCCAGAAUACUCCACCCUGCAGAUCUUCUCCAUCUACGGUUGCAUCAAAUCCGUGGCCAUAGCCCCGGUUAUACGUCUCUUCAAGCUGAGCUUACCCUGGUACAUUAUCUGCUACAUCUUCGUCGUCCCUGUGAUAGCCUUCAUCGUCGUCUACUCUCUGCGGGUUUUCAGGGUAAUCCGUAGAGUCUGGAAGCUCUUCGAGAUUUUGCAGGUACUCCUAGGUAUACCAGUAUCGAACGUCAAGUCAGAAAUGUUGAACGAGAGGCUGUUCUCUCUGAUCUUCACCUUCACGUCGUUCUGGUACUCGAACGAAUUUUACUCAAACUUUGUCGACGAGAGCUUUGUCAGCAACGAAGUUAGCUUCGACACAUACGAAGAACUGGGGGACUCUGGACUGCAGAUCUAUGUCGAGGUAUUAGCUUCCGAUUACGCCUUCAACGAACGAUUAUUGACAGAGAUCAAGUGGUUGCGCGAAAUCUAAGCCAGGACGAAGAGGACCGACGACAUAUCCAAGUGUGUGAAGCGACUAAAAACGAAGAAAGACUGCAUCUGUCUGAUGGCGGAUUGGAGAGCAGAGAAAUUCAUGAAAGCGUCGACGAAGAUUGACGGGAGUAGAAAGAUGAAGAUCGCGAAGCCGGUCGUCUCGUGUAUGACCUGCAGGUAUACCUUCGAGCAUACCUCGCCAUUCAAAGAGAGGUUCGUGAAGGUUUUCAGGAAGUUUCAAGAAUCCGGACUGCCGAUCAUAUGGAAGGAUCCGUUGGAGGAAUUAUUGAACAAAGUGAACGCCGCGAGGCUGAAUGAAAGCUCGGUCGAUGGAAAGAGCUUAUUGUUCAGACUCUGCGCUGUGCUGACGGUUGGGUAUUUUCUCUGCUUCUGGUGAUAUUGCUUGAAGUUGUUUCGAGCUGCAACGUGGUGUCUUUCUGUUCAAUAUGUAACGUUUGUCGAUUCAAUAUGUACUUUUACGUAAUUAGCUACUGAUUUAAUUUUAUGACAUAUAGCAGUAUAUAGUAUUGAAAUGAAUAACGCAGAAAGGUAUACAAGGCAAGACAAAAAUAACAACUCAUGUAUUAAGAAAGGUAAUUCACAUACAACUGUUUAUUGAGACAUGUAGAAUACAUCUGGUCAUACACAAAAUCUUUGACACUUUAAAUCAAGCUCCUAGCUCGAAAAGGAACCAUAUUUCAACGCUGUUUUAUCUUUUUAUCAAAUUCAUUGUUUAUAAUCAUUAUGUUUAACUACUUUCACACUAAAAUUAGGGGGGAUGGGAGGGGCAACUUUUUUAAAAUUGCGGAAAAUUAUUAAAAGAAAAAAAGAAAAGAAGAAAAGAAGAAAGGAAAGCAAAGCAACUGGUGGCUGAAUAAUGCGAUUCACAGAAGAAAGAGAAAUUUUCUUUCCAAAUUAAGAAUUGACAAAAC